AUCCCGUGUAUUUGUGCAGCUAAUCAUGCAAAAUAUCCGAUUUCCAAGUGUUGAACGCAAUGAGACCCGCCCGGAUUUCUCCGAGGACUGCAGCACGUGCGCAUCUCAUACCAGUGAUACUGGUAUAAAUUCCAAGCGAAGGGAUGCUUCCUCCGAUCAACCCCGCAGGCGGAAUACAAGAUCGAGUUCGACAUCAGCGUCGGCAACGUGUUCGCCGGCAUACAGCAAACGAUACGAUGAUGAUAAUGACUCUACAACGUGCUCGCUCACCUUAGGCUCAUACGACGAUGAUGACUGUGGUGAUAACGAUAACGUGCACGCAAGAUACCGGCCGGUGACAAACGCCGCUGAAAACAUUCAUCGCGCGGACGACAAGUUUGUGCGUUACUACAGCGCCGAUAGCACCGAAUCGAUGACACACAUUCCUGCCAUGACAAAAACGCCCAAAAAACAAACAAAAUUCCGAAAUUUAUGGAUACUGGGAAUCUGUAUCCACAUUCUCACAUUCCUUUUUGUGCUGGAUUUAUAUUUUACAUCGCCGAUCAAGCAUGGCAUGACACCGCACAAGAGUCGUGGGGAACCAUUUGCAAAAAGACUGGUUGUGUUCAUUGCUGAUGGAAUGAGAGCUGAAGCAAUUUAUCCCAUGCAAAAUUGGGACCGCGUUAAAUAUUUAAGUGAAUUAAGACUGAAUAAAAGUUGUUCUUGGGGUAUUGUGCACACUGGAGUACCCACAGAGUCACGACCCGGUCACGUCGCCAUUUUUGGUGGAUUAAUGGAAGAUCCCAGCGCGCUUUUCACCGGAUGGCAAGCGAACACCGUCGAAUUUGACUCUGUAAUCAAUGAAAGUAAUUAUGCCUGGUCAUAUGGCAGCCCUGACAUUGUUAAAAUCUUUACCAAAAAAGACAAAGCGAAAUUAAACGUAGAAUAUUACGAUCCAAGUGAAGAAGACUUCUCCGGACGUACCUCAACGAUAAAUCUAGAUACAUGGGUGUUUGAUCGCGUCGAAGAAUUACUAACACCUAAAGGAAAUUCAUGCCAAGCGGAAUUUAUACGUAAAAAAACUCAAAGGCGACGAAUGAAUGAAUUGAAUUUGAGUAUAGCCAAAGAACGCGCACAAUGCCAACUUGAAAAAGAACAGUGUAAAGGGCCACAUCAUGAGUGUUACAAAAAGACACAACCUUGCUUUGAGAGAGUUUCUGAUAAAGAGAUUGAAGCCACAUUGAAAGAAGCCGAUAUAGACUUUGAACAAUUUCAAUUAUAUCCAUGCAUUCAUAAAUUUGACAAAAUUGAAUGCGAACAGUUGUGUAAAACCGGAAAUGUAUUUUUUUUACAUUUACUAGGCAUGGAUACAGCCGGACAUGUGCAUAAACCCGAUUCAAAAGAAUAUAUAGAUAAUUUACAUGCAGUUGACAAGGGAAUUCGCGAAACAUCAUUCUUAUUUGAAGAAUUCUUCAAUGACAAUGAAACUGCCUUCCUGGUAACCGCUGAUCAUGGUAUGACCAAUUGGGGUUCACAUGGCGAUGGAUCCGAACACGAAACAGAAGUUCCUUACAUUCUAUGGGGAAAAGGAGUGAAAGAAAAUAAACUUCGACAUGAUUUGAAGCAAACUGACCUGGCACCGCUUUUAUCUUCAUUGAUAGGUGUCCCUAUUCCAGUCAACUCCAUAGGAAUACUUCCACAUAAACUUUUAAAUGGAACUUAUGAUCAAAUAUCUGAAGCUGUUAUGGCGAAUGUUAUGCAACACGUGGAACAAUAUACACUUCUACGCAGAGAAUUUGAUUUGGAUCCGUUGUUCACAGAAUACCCAAUGUUUGAAAACAAUUAUGUGGGACACUUUAUCACCAAGAUGGAAACAUUACUUAAACGUGGUGAUAGAGAAAAGAAUGUUGUCCGCAUGGGUGAGGAGUUCAUGAAGGAUAUACUUGCAGCGAAUGCAUACAUGCGAAAUUACUAUUUUCGUCCCAAAGUAAUCACAGUUAUGUUGGGUUUCUUCCUGUGGAUUAUUUACCUCUCAUUGUCGAUUCAUGUCAGGGAUGAAGUGAAACCCAUUCCAACUUUUCGUUCAUGCAGGAUAGGAAUGCGAUUUUUAACUGUUCUGUUACUAAUCGCUGCUGUUUAUUACUUGAACAGUUUAAAAGUUAAAUGUUUCACUUACACAUAUCCAGUAUUUCUGCUAAGUGUGCUUGCAUUGUUCUUCGAAGAUGAAGACGUUGUAAAUCAACUCUGGAUCAUUCUCAAUAUGCCAAACAAGACAACAAUCAUUGCAAGAACAAUCGUCUAUGGCGUAUUGGUACAAUUACUGGUGUUUGGAUUCUUUAAUCGCAUGUUUUGCGCUGGGGUUGUGGUGAUUCUAGCGUUUUGGUUGACACAAAAUGACUGCGCGAUGAAAAGCAAAGUCACGUGGUUGAUUACCACUUGUACACUUGCGUUAUUGCAAAUGUUGGAACCCAGUACAAAAUUUAAUUACUACGGACUUGCAAUUGGUUCGUUUCUAUGGUUAGUGAUCUACAUAAGUUAUAUUUACGCCGAGGGUCGUGAAUAUAUCAAACGUUUCGAUUUGAAAUACAAAACGAUGACGACGAAUAUUAUUAUGACACCUUUAGUAUUAUAUUUAGUGUCAGCCGCGAAUGCUUUGCACGUCGCGUAUGCGUUUGACAGUGAAAUUGGUUUAUCAGAUAUGAAUUUGGUCAUUUCUUGGGUUGUGACCGCGGCCAUUUUAUUCCUGAUACCAGUGGCUCCUAAAGGAGUUCUCACACGUUUUGGACAUAUAUGUGCUAGUCUGAUAAUACCAUACACUCUAAUGGCGGUGAAUAUUGACUUGAUAUUCUACAGCGUUUUGGUUCUGACGCUUUAUUAUUGGAUGGAAAUUGAAUCCAAGAUGGAGUUGCCUAGUCAAAACAAGAAUCCACUAAAGGAACUGCAUUUCUUAGUGAAAUAUAUACCGUCGGGUAGUGUUAAAGUGCCUGAUUUGUACAGACGCACAUAUUUUUAUUUGGCGCUGACUGUGUGUUACUUCUUUGCGAUUGGCAAUAUGGCGUCGUUUAAUGGUUUUGACCCACAAUGGACACGCACCUAUGUUGCUACCUUUAAUCCGUUUUUAAUGGCGGCUUUGAUUGUUAUCAAGAUGAUAAUUCCGUUCUUUUUGAUUACUUGCGCAUUUUACGCGAUUGUUUUGCACUCGAAAGCGAAUGAUACCAAAGUGUUUACUGUAUUACUGUUGUUUUUGGAUCAGAUGGUGUUGAAUUUUAUGCUGUUUGUUAGAAAUGAGGGAUCAUGGUUGGAGAUUGGUAAAUCACUGUCGCACUUUGCCGUUAUGGAAGCAAUGGCGGUUGUUAUGUUAGUAUUUUAUGCAAUAGCACGAUAUGUGUGCUCGUUUCGUAUUGGUGAUGCCGGUACAGGUUAUGAACCUUUGGAUGAAAUCCAAGAAGACAGCGAAACUAAUAUUCAGAACUUGAUUGAAGAAGGUGUUUGUAAACGUGUAAAGGGAGCGCAAAAACGUAAAAUAAAAACAAAAUGGUGGUAUUUGCAUGAUUUAAUUUCCAACUCUUGUAAAAAGUCUCCUAUUAAAUCCUAUGGGGUGAAAUCGUCGAGAUCUGAUACUUCCAUGACGUUUCCUUCUUCUUUUUUUGAUUAUUACGUGAAGGGUAAAGACAAAACUUUUGAAAGCAAUAGAUUAGAAUCAAAUCUAUGCGUACAAUCAGAAAAGUUUAAGUCACAAGAGGUGCAGUGUAAAUUUGAAGAUGAAAUUAAUAUAUCAUCGAAUUCAAAGAAACAUAAAACUCAGAAAUCAUCAAGAAGCGUGAAAAACUUCGAGAAAAUACUCUCAGGUACCAAAAAGAGAUAUUUCAAGUGGCUUUUGAUUUGGGUAUAGCUGCAACUAUAGAACAUUGUCAGAAUGAAGUAUCUAAGAGUGAAAAAACAAAUACCAACGGUAAAAACAUCGGAAAAACAUCAAAGAACAUAAACUGCCAAAU